UUCUUGUGGCGGGCGGAAUAUAGCAAUUUUUUUUUGCAGCUAGGAGAAGCUGUGAUCAAAGCGCGCGGUAACGGGAGAGCGCUAAAAAUCUUAAGCUAAGUGAGAACAUUGUGGUUGAGAUUCUCAGCGAAUCGCUAAAUGGGGUGCGAAAGCUUUAAAAUUCUGGCCGUUGUCUUAGUAUUUUGUGUGAUGAACGAAGUGUCUGCGGAGCCCAGAUGGGCUUGGAGACGCCGCCGCAGAUGUCAAAAAAAGGAUUGCGUUCCGGGAACAUGGUCUGCGUGGAGUGCCUGCUCGCAUUCGUGUGGUCCGCGUGGAACUCAAUACAGAAGGCGACCUAUCGCCAAGCCUGCACAGUGCGGAGGAAAAUGUUUAGUCACCACGAUAGGAGCUAAGGCGUGCAAUCGCUUCUGCCUAAAUGGUGGUUCACUGGUACGUCUGAGCUGCCAGUGUAAGGCUGGGUAUAGUGGGGUUUGCUGUGAGAAAGUGUCCGGAGGAUGGAGUAGUUGGGGAGCCUGGUGCGAGUGUACCAAGACCUGUGGGAGAGGGUCACAAUACCGCAAGCGAUCCUGCACUAAACCCGGAGGGACCGGCUGUGUGGGACCCUCCAGAGAAUACAAGUCGUGUAUGAUCAAACAAUGCAACUUAGAUGGAGGCUGGUCUGCUUGGUCAAGCUGGGGACAAUGCAAGGGAUCCUGCGGAACGGGAUUACAGACGCGAAAACGGUCCUGUACGAACCCGCCUCCUGGGUAUGGAGGAAAGAAAUGCAUGGGCGCACCUCAACAGCACAGGAAUUGUAUCCUUAGUAGGUGCCGGGAUGGAGGUUGGUCUGCUUGGUCAAGCUGGGGACAAUGUACGGGAUCUUGCGGGACGGGACUACAGACCCGAAAACGGUCCUGUACAAACCCGCCUCCUGGAUAUGGAGGAAAGAAAUGUAUGGGCUCGUCCCAACAGCAUAAGAAUUGCCUCCUCAAACGAUGCCCAGUAAAUGGAGGUUGGAAGCCUUGGAGUAAAUGGCGCGCAUGUUCUAAGACGUGUGGCACUGGGUCACAGUACCGCACCAGGAGCUGUACCAGGCCUCGCCCGGCAUAUGGUGGUAAAAAGUGUACUGGGCUUGCUAGACAGACCAGGAGAUGUAAUACUCAUCACUGCCCUGUUAAAGGAGGCUGGAGUCUUUGGAGUAAAUGGUGUACGUGCUCUAAAUCAUGUGGGACUGGAUCACAGUACCGGACAAGAUCCUGUUCCAGGCCUCCUCCUUCAUACGGUGGAAAACAUUGCACUGGGCCUAGCAAGCAAACCCGGAACUGCAACAAUCGCCGUUGUCCUGUGAAUGGAGGCUGGAGCCUUUGGAGUAAGUGGUGGGCGUGUUCUAAAAGGUGUGGCACUGGCAUUCAGUAUCGUACAAGGACCUGUACCAGGCCCCGCCCAGCAUACGGUGGAAAACGGUGCACUGGGCUUAAAAAACAGACUCGGAAUUGUAACACUCAUCACUGUCCCGUUAAUGGAAGAUGGUCAACCUGGGGUAGCUGGGGCGCAUGCUCAAAAACAUGUGGAGUCGGAAAGCAAUAUAGCAAGCGAAAAUGUAACAAUCCUGCACCAAAAUAUGGCGGGCGGAACUGCUAUGGAUCAAAUGUUAGAUCACGAUCGUGCAAUGUUAAAACUUGUCCAGUAAAUGGAGGCUGGAGUCUUUGGAGCAAAUGGUGCGAAUGCUCUAAAUCGUGUGGCAGUGGAUGGCAGCACCGCACAAGGACCUGUACCAGGCCUCCCCCGACCUAUGGUGGUAAACUGUGUAGUGGGUUAACCAAGCAGUCCAGACACUGUAACACUCGGCGCUGUCCUGUAAAUGGAGGCUGGGGUCCCUGGGGUAAAUGGUGGGCCUGCUCUAAAUCGUGUGGCACUGGGUCACAGUUUCGAACAAGGACCUGUACCAAGCCUCCCCCAGCAUACAAUGGCAAACAUUGCACUGGUGUGAACAGACAGACCAAGAGUUGUAACAUUCAUCGCUGUCCUGUUCAUGGAGGAUGGUCCAAUUGGGGAAACUGGGGCGCAUGCUCAAAAACUUGUGGAGCCGGAAAACGUUAUAGCAAGCGACGUUGUGACACUCCAGCGCCAAAAUAUGGCGGCAGGAAAUGCUAUGGGACAAAUUUGAGAUCCCAGGCAUGCAACGUCAAUCCUUGCCCAGUAAACGGCCGUUGGUCACUGUGGGGAAAAUGGUCCGCGUGCACAAAGACUUGUGGGACUGGAGGGAGUCAAACGCGCCGUAGAACCUGUACCAAUCCCCCGCCGAAAUAUGGAGGAGUGUGCAUUGGACCGGGUGUUCAGACUAAAACGUGUCUGGUGAAAAGAUGUCCAGUGAAUGGCGUUUGGAGUGCGUGGGGCCACUGGCGCGCAUGCUCUGUGACGUGUGGCACUGGUACACAAUUCCGCAGUCGCUAUUGUAACAAACCGAGACCAGCAUAUGGCGGCAAGUACUGCUCUGGACCGAGUAAACAGACGAAGAAAUGCAUAAAAAAUCCUUGCCCAAUAAACGGUCGUUGGACACUAUGGUCGACAUGGGAAGACUGCUCUAAAACAUGUGGGUCUGGAACCAAGGCUAGGAGGCGAUCUUGUUCCAAUCCUCCGCCCCAGCAUGGAGGACAAGCGUGCACUGGGCCGAGUAAACAGACCAAGUCGUGUUUGCUUAAGGAUUGUCCGAGUUAUGUUAGUUGGGGUUCCUGGGGUGCAUGGUCAGCAUGCUCCAAAACCUGCGGUGGCGGAACACAGAAUCGUAAACGGAAAUGUCAAGGUUACAGCCAGGGAUAUGGUGACUGCGCAGGCGCAAAUGAAGAGACUCGCGUGUGUAACACACAAUCAUGUCCUGCCGUUGUUAAUGGUGGUUGGGGAGACUGGAGCGAUUGGAGCGCAUGCAGUGUAUCGUGUGGGCCUGGCACUAGUAUCAGGAGUAGGAAAUGCGACAAUCCACCCCCAGGCCCCGGUGGUCAACCUUGUCAGGGACCUCCUCUCUCAAACAAGCCUUGUAACGAGGGACUUUGUCCUGUUGACGGCGGCUGGGGAGACUGGAGCGCUUGGAGCGCAUGCAGUGUAACUUGUGGGCCUGGCACUAGCAUUAGAAACAGGAAGUGUGAUAACCCAGCCCCAAGCAAUGGCGGCCAGCCAUGUGCAGGACUUCCCUUUGCGAACAAGCCUUGCAACGAAGGAUCGUGUCCAAGCAUUGACGGCGGCUGGGGAGACUGGAGCGCUUGGAGCGCAUGCAGUGUAACUUGUGGGCCUGGCACUAGUAUUAGAAGCAGGAAAUGUGAUAACCCAGCCCCAAGCCCCGGCGGCCAGCCAUGUGUAGGACUUCCCUUUGCGAACAGGCCUUGUAACGAAGGAUCAUGUCCAAACAGUGACGACUGUUGGAGCGAAUGGAGUGACUGGAGCAACUGCAGUAAAGUUUGCAGCUGUGGCAAGAAAUACAGGGUCCGUUAUUGCAAGUGCGGGCAUGGGCAGGGGAAUGAAAAAUGUCAAGGGAAGACUGAUAACUCUCAGAGUUGUAACUGCCAACCCUGCCCUAACGGACCUCCUGCUGAUGACGUAACGGAAGGUUAAAGACACCGAGAAGCAUUGGAGACGUACAUUUUAGUAGUUUGCGAAUAAUCUAGCUCUUUCGUGACGUGUGAAAUAUCUUCAAAGAAAUUCGACGUUAAGAUGCUCAUAUUAUCGACAUAGUCUGUUCUCUUUUUCCUUUUUCGGUAAACAGCACUAAAGUUCAUAAGCUUUUGGAGCUUCUGUUUGCCUUUUUGAUAUGUGGGACGUCUUUGUGUUUGUAAUGUACCAAUGGAAAGGCAUGCCAUGGCUCAAGUUCAUAACUAAAUAAAUGGUGUUUUAAAAU